GCACUGCCCGCUCCGGCGAUGGCGGCGGAGGCUUCCCCCCGCGGGCAGGGGCCGGACGGGCCGCGCCGCCAUAUUGGCUGUUGUCCUGUCUGAAAGCAGCAGCGGCGGCGGCGGCAACGACAGCGGCGUUAGCAGCGGCGGGAGCGCGACAGCGUGGGACACAGGACGGGCAUGACUCGCAGGCGGAAUAAGGCGUUGGGCGCGGCUGGGGCGCGACGGGACCGGGCGGGGGGAACAGCCCCCCCAGAGCCGCCCGCGCCCCCCACCGGGCCCGGCCUUCCAGAGAUUCCCGAGGCGGUGGCGGCGGCGAGCAGCGCGGAACAGGGCAGAGGCUCACAGGUGCUGCCUACUUCCAACCAGUCGGUGCAGACAUGCUGCUUGCUAUGCCACCGGGAGCGUAAAGACUGGGGAGGGCCAUCCCACAACGGGUUGGUAUCUCCAGGCGAGCGGCUGCCUCCAGAUUUCGUACCGACGCUGGUGCAGAACCUGCUGGGAGAGAUGCCGCUGUGGAUCUGCCAGAGCUGCAGGCAGAGUGUAGAAGAGGAAGAAAGGAGGGCAGUCCAGGAGCAGGCACUGGCGGUCUCACUGUCGCAUACAGCCUGCAAGUCACAGUCCUGCGGGGCAGGCUCCCACUCCUCUUCCUCUUCAUCAUCUUCAUCCUCGUGCCACGGGAACUCGGGAGACUGGGACCCCAGCUCCUUCCUGUCUGCGCACAAGCUUUCGGGGCUCUGGAACUCCCAGCAUGCCAAUGGGGCAGCUCAAGGGAGCUCCCUUGGGGGAACAUCUGUUGUACCAGGUGACAAGCACCCCGGCCUCCCUCCGGAGUGUGCCAACCAGGCCCCUGCUGUGGGAGGUGGGCUCAAAGCCUGCCCUUACAGCCACGUGCUCUCCCCAGCUCCCAGCGGCACCCCAGGCUCGCCUCUGCCUACCUCACUCGACUUCUGCAAAACGCUUCCCAAGCAGUUCAAGAGCAUGUGCCGGAGACCCACCCCGCCAGGAGAGGCCUUCCACUCCUCGGAGCACCACCGACAUGUGGACCUCACUGCUCCUCCCAACAGCCCCACAGGCCUCCCCUCGCAGCCACCGGCACUCCUCCCUGCAAAGCAGAUGCCUGCCCACCCUGGGCCCUUCAGCUCCCCUCCUCACGUCCACCUGAGCUCCUCACCGCAGGCGGCUCCAUUCCCUGCACCAGCCCUCAGUCCACACACACCAGCCCCAAAGCCAGGAGCAGACUCCUCCCCUACCGGAUCUUGCAAGAGCCCACACCUGCCCACUGCCAAUGUGCCCCUGCUGAAGAUACCGCCUCCUGUAGGCUGCACUCAUCCAUGCAAUGGCCAUUGCAGUGGCUCCUUGGGUCCUCCUACUGCCUCGCAUCAACUGCCCAGCACCAACAGGGACCCUGCCUGCAAGGGUCACAAGUUCCCAAACGGUACAAGCUGCCACGCACCACAGUCCUGUGAGGCGGAUGAGGGGCUUGGUGAGGACGAGGACAGCAGUUCUGAGCGUAGCUCCUGCACCUCGUCCUCCACAACCCAGAAAGAUGGGAAAUUCUGUGACUGCUGCUACUGUGAGUUCUUUGGCCACAAUGCGCCUCCAGCUGCCCCAACGAGCCGGAACUACGCUGAGAUCCGGGAGAAGCUGCGGUCUCGGCUGACCAAGAGAAAAGAGGAGCUUCCUCAAAAGCUGGGGCACAGCAGCAGCUCGGGAGAGCCAGCCGUAGAUCACCGGGAUGUGGAUGAGCUCCUGGACUACAUCAACAGCACCGAGCCGAAGCCCCUGAACAGUGCCAAGGCUGCCAAACGUGCACGUCACAAGCAGAAGAAGAAGGAGAAGGAGAAGGCCCAGCUGGAGGCUGAGGCCCAGAAGCGAGUGGACCGAACUCCACCUACGGGUCAGGACCAGGAACUGGCUGAAGAGAAGCUUCUGGAGUGGCCCCAGUUAGAACUGGAGCGAGUGAACAACUUUCUGAGCAGCCGACUGCAGGAGAUCAAGAACACCAUCAAGGACUCCAUCCGUGCCAGCUUCAAUGUCUAUGACCUCAACCUAGACGUCAACGACUUCCCAAAGAAGGCGGCUGUGCUGGAGCAGAAGAACCUGCUUUCCCACCUCAAUGGCUCCUCUGAGCUGCAGGAGAUUGACCUUGAUCUCUCUCCACUCAGCUUGGGUGCACCACAUAAUCAUACGUUGCUGCGGAGUGAAGUGGGCUCCCGAUGGGCAGAGAGCCCCAGCGAGGUGGUGCCACCGUCGCCACCAGCCUGUGAGAACGGUGUGGUGAAACGGCUCAGUGCUGUCCCGAACCUCUCCCGCAUGAUUUGGGUCCAGUCACCCAAGCCAACAGACUCUCCCCUGGAGAGCGGGGCUGGCCAUGAGUCCAGGGAGGCAGUGCCAGGCAGGGGAGCUGAGCUGCAGGAACCAGUGCCUUCCACUGGAAAGCAGAGGAAGGGCAAGCGGCAGGGCUGCCCGACAAAGAAAGGGGAGGCUAUCGCUACAAGUGAUAACUCCAGCUGCAAGGGAGUGGGACAGAAGAAUCCCCCUAAGGGCACUGAAGCCCCACGCGGAGGUAGCAGCACAGAGCAUAGCGAGGGAGCCCGAGGGUUGCGGCAGGGCCAGGGUUGGGGCUGCGGCGGCUCUAAGGCAGAGAAAGAGAAGAGCACAGAUGGGAAGAGCCGGAGAGGUGAAGGCCGAGCUGAUCAGACAGAGCAAGAGCCUGCUUCUCUGGGGAGUGGGGACCGGCUGCUGCCCCAUACAGCUGCACUAGACGACUUGCCCCAGCCAAAGGGGAAAGGCAAGAAGAGUAGGAACAAGAUGGAGAAAGCGAGCCCUUCCAUUGAUGAUGUGUUCCUGCCCAAAGACUUAGAUGGUGUGGAAAUGGAUGAGACUGACAGAGAAGUGGAGUACUUCAAGAGGUUUUGCCUGGACUCAGCCAAGCAGACCCGGCAGAAAGUGGCUGUGAACUGGACCAAUUUCACCCUGAAGAAAACCACUUCGAGUGCAGCUCAGUGAGGUGUGCGGUGCACCCCUGGUAUAUGUGCAGGGCCCCACACCUCGCCUCCCCUUCCCCAGACCCAUAGACAGACACUUGACUUGACAGACCCUUCGUCCUCCUCCCUUUCCCCUCCCCAUGGGGCUCCUACUCCUAGCCUCUAGGCAAGGCCUGGACAGCCCCUUUGUCCCUCACCUCUAAGUGUUCGACGUUCGGGGAGAUGCUGACUGAGCCGCCCCAAGCCCAGGGGCAGUCUUCAUCGGCCAAGGCCCAGCGUGGCACAGGGACCAGGCUGCACCCAAUAAAGGACUUUUUAAUUUUU